UGAGUUUUAUAGACAAGAAUCAUUUGAAGGAAGAAAAGUUGCAGAUUAGUCGAGAGAAAAUGGGCGACAAUCUAUUCGAAGGAUUACCACCGCCAUCUCAUCACCAGCAACUAGAAGAAAAAGAAAACGAAGAAGCACAAAAACACGAAGCCAAAAAAAACAAUGAUCAAAAUUCUUUUUCUUUGAAGACAAGUAGUAGCACCAAUCACAAGGAAGCUUCUCCAACCCCAGUUCUGAAAAGUGCUCUCAAGAGACCUAAGCCUAGUGAAUCUAAUCCUGAAGCUGCUGUAUUAGAAAAACGCUUGAGAUUUAAGAUGACAACAGACGCCUCAGAGACACAAGUUAUUGAGGCAAUGCAGAAGAUUGCAUCACAUAUCAAGAAUCCCACCAAGUUUUCUAAGGCUUCAAAGCUUGCCAUACAGUUGGUACAGUCUGGAAGCGUGAAGGCCGGAACUAGUGAACAUUUUUUUGCUAUAUUGGAGGCUGCAAUGUCAUCAACAGCUUCUUGUACUGAUUCUUCAGUGCGAGGCGAUUAUCAUUCGCUGUUCACCGCAGCACAAGAUGCAGCUGAAUGCCUACACAAGAAGCAGAAGAACCAGCUGACUGUUUGGACAUUUAGGGCAGUGAUGGCGAAUGACUUUUUAACUGAUGAUAGCUUUGUGUUUUCAAAAACAGCUAGUAAAAUAAAAGAUGAAAUAUGUAGCCUUCCAUUUGCGACUGAGGAGGAUGACAUGGAUGAAGCUGCUACCCUGAAAGAUGAGACAGAAACUGGCAAUGAUGAGGAUGCCAAACAAGCUAUAGUUUCUUCAGCCGAAGCAAAUAACAAGGAUGAUUCUGAUCCAUUUGGGCUCGAUGCUCUAAUUCCUAGAUCUGGGAAAAAAGAUGAUAGAGCAAAAGGAAAGAAAGAUGUGACAACUAAGAGCAGGAAAGAUGAGGAAGACACUAAGAGAUUUCUUCAGUCAAAGAGAGAAGCCUUGAUUUCUUGUUUGGAGAUUGCCGCUCGGCGUUAUAAAACACCAUGGUGCCAGACGGUUAUAGACAUAUUGGUAAAGCAUGCAUUUGACAAUGUAGCAAGGUUUACAUCUCAACAACGGGAUGCCAUUGAAAAACUAUGGGCUUCUGUUCGGGAGCAGCAAAUCCGUAGGAAGCAAGGGAAAUCUGUUUCAGGAAAACUUGACAUGAAUGCUUUUGAAUGGCUUCAGCAAAAGUAUUCUACUGAGAAAAUCAGCAUUCGGCAUUCUGUUGGAGCCAGUGGGGACCGCCGUUGUCAACAAUGUCUUGGUUAAACGCUUCUGCUUUCCUGUUAACUCUUAUCCAGAAAACAAAUUGAAAUCAUUGGUCGGUCAUCUAUUAAUCUGAAUGUAAAACACGUCGUGUAACAUUUUUAAACGAGACAAUUCAGGAUACUUGGUUACUUCCCAGCAUGUUUACUUGAUUUGAUUUAAUUCUUCAAAUAUAGCUUUACUGGAUUCUGUGAUGAGUAAUUGAGUCUGAUGAAACACAAUAGGCUUAAGAUCC